CAACACAGAUAUUUUAUUCCCCCACCCCCUGAAGAUAAAGCCUUACUUGAAGCAUUCCUUCUUUGGAUGUGUCUAAUGAUGAUGGAGUUGGAUGAUGAGAGGUCACGGCGUUGAUGCGGAGCUGCUGGGAGUCCGGAUCCGCCCGGAGCACGAUGCCCUGCCCUGCCCCUGGCCUUGGGAAGCUGUGAGCUGCUCAUGUCCAUAAGGAGGAAGGAUGGCUCAUGGAAUUCCUUCACAAGGCAAAGUUACCAUAACGGUGGAUGAGUACAGCUCCAACCCGACGCAGGCGUUCACGCACUACAACAUCAACCAGAGCCGCUUCCAGCCUCCCCACGUGCACAUGGUGGACCCCAUCCCAUAUGACACUCCGAAGCCAGCGGGCCACACGCGCUUCGUCUGCGUCUCAGACACGCACUCCAGAACAGAUGGCAUCCAGAUGCCCUACGGGGACAUCCUGCUCCACACGGGCGACUUCACCGAGCUGGGACUGCCCUCCGAGGUUAAGAAGUUUAAUGACUGGUUAGGAAACCUACCAUAUGAAUAUAAAAUAGUGAUUGCUGGGAAUCAUGAACUGACAUUUGAUAAGGAAUUCAUGGCAGACCUUGUUAAACAAGAUUACUACCGCUUUCCCUCUGUGUCCAAAUUGAAACCAGAGGACUUUGACAAUGUUCAGUCACUCCUGACAAAUAGUAUUUACUUACAAGAUUCAGAGGUAACAGUUAAAGGAUUCCGAAUAUAUGGUGCCCCGUGGACACCAUGGUUUAAUGGAUGGGGCUUUAAUCUACCCAGAGGUCAGUCUUUGCUAGACAAGUGGAACCUUAUUCCUGAGGGAAUUGAUAUACUAAUGACACAUGGACCUCCCCUUGGUUUUCGAGACUGGGUUCCCAAGGAGCUGCAGAGAGUGGGCUGUGUGGAGCUGCUGAACACAGUGCAGAGGAGAGUAAGGCCCAAACUGCAUGUCUUUGGUGGGAUUCAUGAAGGUUAUGGGAUCAUGACAGAUGGCUACACCACCUACAUCAACGCCUCCACGUGCACAGUCAGCUUCCAGCCCACCAACCCUCCCAUCAUCUUCGACCUUCCCACCCCUCAAGGAUCCUGAAGCACUACUGGGGAAGGUCUAUAAACUGCCAUUUUCUAAUUAAAAACUUACCUUCAUGUUUAUUUCAAAAUAGGGGCUAGGGGGGAUUUUGGGGGAACCGUGGGGGGUUUUUGUUUUGGGAUGGGGUUUGGGGUUUUUUGUUGGUUUUUUUUUUUUUUUUAAUUUGUAAAUUGCUGGUGCAAAAGAAACAAGAAGAGAAGUUAGAGGUUGUGCUUUUUGGAAAUGCAGCAUUCAUUUUAAAUUGAUAAAGCAUUGUGAAUUUGUAAAAUGAAUUUUGUUUUCCAAUAAAUUUGCCAUUGUAAAUUGUUAUAGUGUUCUCAAAAGGACAGCCAAGCUUUCUUUUAAUAAGUGAGAGACCUUAUUUUAAUAUUAUAUUAUAAGCUAAAAAAUAGGCAGCAUUUAAAUACACCCAAAUUUGCACAACUUUUGUUAUUGUCGGGGUUUUUUUAAGUGUCUUCUUUUUCCCUAGGUUUAAAUGUUAGCUUUUUAUCUCAAUUUAUAUCAAUUUUUUUAGUAGCACAAACAAUGUUUUGGGGUCCAUUUACCUCUUGACAUGCGUGCAUGUACUUUAACUUGUUUCUAUUCAUGGUAGAAUGCGGCAAGGGGAGAAUAGGUUUCUCAGUUGUUUGUCUCUACCUGCUUUAUAAAGACUGAUCUUGAUAGCCACAGCCUGUGUGUGAUAUCUACCUUCUGUUGUUUCUUUUUUUAAAUUAUUUUAGCUUUAAAAGACUGGGGGUGAAAGCUGCAAAGAGCAGGUAUUUCAUGCAGUAAAAAAAAAAAAAAAGAAAAAUUGUAAAUGCGGACUCCUUUUAAAUAUGAAUUUAUAUAUAUAUGUAUUUUUUGUGCAUUAUAACUAAGCUAGGAUUUAAUAUUGCGAGUAUAGCAUCUGCAAAAUUAUGCUGUACAGCACAUCUAAAUUAUGAAGGAUGUGACACGUUUUUCCAAGUGCUCAAGGCCUUCAAGAGCCCGAGUUAAAUCUUUGUUGUAGUUCAGGCAUGUAUAGAGUCAAAUGGAUACAAUCAAGCCUAAAUAAAAUAAGGCUUAGUUGUCCUUUAUAUUUAAAUAUUCUUCUUGUCUUUUUUAUUUCCUUUUUCUUAUUUUGCACUGUGUGUAAAUGCAAUCUCACUAGCACAAAAUAUUGUUGCAGAUAGUUAUUUCUGUUCCACCACUGUAAAUGCUAUUGAGCUUCGUUCUGUUUUAUGUUACCUUGUUAAUGGAAUUUAGAAAAGCAGUUGUUUCUUUAAAUUUAUUGUGAUAUUAUAUCUAGCGGCCUUUAUAUGCAAAUAAAAUUGCAAGAUUUUUAAAUACGUG